CACGUACCGUACAGCAGUUGUUGACAGACAGACACACUGGAGUGGAGGAUUGGGAAGGAAUUUGGCCGACUAGCUGAUACCUGACUUCUGACAGAAAGCACAGAAAUGUGCUGCUAUGUGCGGCGAUAGCUAUCGCUGCAGCUAACGAGCUAAACGUUGGGAAACAGUGAACAGAUCUGGCGGCUUUGGCGCUGAUCCUACCGGCUUGCAAAGCCAAAAGGGAGAGGAACAAUGCUGUGCUGGGGCAAUGCUUCCUACGGACAGCUGGGCCUGGGUGGGAUUGAUGAGGAGAUAGUGGUUGAGCCACGAAAAUGUGAGUUCUUUCACGGGAAGCAAGUGUGUGAUGUGGGGUGUGGCCGUAGGCACACAUCCUUCCUGUUGGAGGAUGGAACUGUGUACACCUGUGGAUGCAAUGACCUGGGCCAGCUGGGGCAUGAGAAGUCCAGGAAGAAACCAGAGCAGGUCGUGGCCCUGGAUGCACAGAUCAUCGAGGCGGUGUCAUGUGGAGAGUCUCAUACACUCGCCCUGAACGACAAAGGGCAGGUUUUUUCAUGGGGUCUGGGCUCGGACGGCCAACUGGGCCUCGGUAACUUUGAAGAAUGUGUUCGUGUGCCUAGAAACAUCAAGACUUUGUCAGAUGUACAAAUCGCUCAGGUAGCCUGUGGGUAUUGGCACUCGCUUGCACUUUCAAGAGGGGGCCACGUCUUCUCCUGGGGCCAAAACCGAUACGGUCAGCUUGGGCUGGGACUAAACGGACAGAGCAUCGCCACGCCCCAAAUCAUUCAGUCUCUGCAGGGCAUUCCUUUUGCUCAGUUAUCGGCGGGUGGUGCACACAGCUUCGCCCUUACACUCUCAGGAGCCGUGUUCGGUUGGGGACGCAACAAGUUCGGUCAGCUGGGUCUCAACGACACCAACGAUCGGUACUUUCCGUCUCUGCUGAAGUCCUUACGAUCACAGAGAGUGAUUUACAUCUCUUGUGGAGAAGACCACACAGCAGCACUAACUAAGGAAGGAGGUGUAUUUACAUUUGGAGCUGGAGGAUAUGGACAAUUGGGACAUAACUCUACAAACCACGAAAUCAACCCCAGGAAAGUGUUUGAGCUCAUGGGAAAUGUAGUCACACAGAUUGCAUGUGGAAGGCAGCACACCUUGGCCUUCACGCCCUCCUGUGGGAAGAUGGACUCUUUUGGCCUGGGAGGUAACGGUCAGCUCGGUACCCGUUCCACCUGCAACAGGAAAAGCCCCGCUCCAGUCAAAGGCCCCUGGGUCCCCAACACUCCGACUGAGUCAGACUCUCAGCAGAACUGUUGUGUCAAGAGGAUUUAUGCUGGAGGAGAUCAGAGCUUUGCACACUAUCGUACUGCCAAUAAUUGCCAGCACAUAUAUGACAAGCGAACACAGGACCAGCAGAGAAAGAUUUGCACCUUAACUGAAGACGUUAUUCAGAAAUGGCUGAGCUACACACCAGGACGACUCCCACUGGAAAUCUCCAAUGAGGUGGACCUUGUGUUCUCCUCAGCAAGCUGCCUCAACGGAUCUUUUCUGUCGAUGAGUCAUCCAGAUCAUUACAGUACCAGCAGUAAAUGCUCAGGGGUGGAUAUGAUCAUGGCUCGUCUCCUGUUUCACCGACUGAUUCAGCAAGAUCACCCUGAGAUCGCUCAGCAGAUUGCUGCUAGUGUAGAGAAGCACCUAAUCCCCAGACUAACAACCUCUCCUCCAGACAUCGAAGCGCUGAGACUCUACCUCACUCUUCCAGAAUGCCCCCUUUUUAGCGAGCGGAAUAAUUACGUGACCAUCUCGAUCCCGUUUGCCAAAUCACUGAUCAGCUUGAAAGAGGCUCCACUGAAGGUUCUAGGAAACUGGUGGUCUACGUUUGAGCCCCCAGUCUUCCAGCGGCUGGUGGAGUUGUAUAAGGAGGUGGUGGUUUAUCUGCUGCAGAUGCACAAAGUGGGCAUUCCUCAAGUAGAGCAGAGAAUCUUCUCCUGUUUCCUGGACACUUCUCUCCGUCUCUUAGACAUCCUGCAUACGGUGAAUGAGAGGGCAGGACAAAUCAUCCAAUACGAUAAAUUCUACAUUCAUGAGUUGGACGACCUGAUCGACAUCAGAAAUGAGUACGUCACAUGGAUCCAGAGGCAGAUGUACCCGAUGGGUCAUGACGGUGUGGUGACUCUGUGCAGGUAUCCUUUUGUUUUUGACGCCCAAGCCAAGACCACACUCCUUCAGACUGAUGCUGUCAUACAGAUGCAGAUGGCGGUGGACCAGGCACAGAUGCAGAACUUCAGCUCCAUGUUCCUGCCCGCGGUGGAGUCUGUUAACCCCUGCCUCAUCCUUAUCGUCAGGAGGGAAAAUAUUGUUGGAGAUACUAUGGAAGUCCUCAGGAAGUCCAAGAAUGUAGACUACAAGAAACCACUCAAGGUGAUCUUUGUCGGAGAAGAAGCAGUGGAUGCAGGUGGUGUGAGGAAAGAGUUCUUCCUCCUGAUCAUGAAGGAGCUGCUGGAUCCCAAAUACGGCAUGUUCCGCUACUAUGAGGAGUCCAGGCUCAUCUGGUUUUCCAACAAAACGUUCGAGGACAUCGACUUGUUCAACCUCAUCGGGGUCAUCUGCGGCCUGGCCAUCUACAACUUCACCAUAGUGGAACUUAACUUCCCUGUGGCUCUGUACAAGAAGCUGCUGAAGAGGAAACCGACGCUGGACGACCUCAAAGAGCUCAUGCCAGAUGUGGGAAGGAGUCUGCAGCAGUUACUGGACUACAUGGAGGAUGACCUGGAGGAAACCUUCUGCUUGAACUUUACAAUCACAGAGGAAAACUAUGGAGCCACUGAGGUGUUCGAGUUGGUGCCUAACGGUGAAGACAUCAACGUGAAUAAAUCAAACAGGCAGGACUUUGUCAACGCUUACGUCGACUACGUCUUCAACACGUCUGUGGCUCCGCUGUUCGAGUGCUUCUAUGCAGGCUUUCACAAAGUGUGUGGAGGGAAAGUUCUGGAGCUGUUUCAACCAAAUGAACUGCAAGCCAUGGUCAUAGGCAACACUAGCUACGACUGGGCAGAGCUGGAGAAGAGUACUGAGUACAAAGGGGAGUACUGGGCCGACCAUCCCACCAUCAAACUCUUCUGGGAGGUUUUCCAUGAACUUCCUCUGGAAAAGAAAAAGCAGUUUCUCUUGUUCCUCACAGGCAGCGACCGAAUCCCCAUCCUGGGCAUGAAAAGCCUGAAACUGGUGAUCCAGCCCACGGGCGGGGGGGAGCAUUACCUGCCCGUCGCCCACACCUGCUUCAACCUGCUGGACCUGCCCAAGUACACGAGUAAAGACACACUCUGCGAGAAGCUCCUGCAGGCCAUAGAUCACAAUCAAGGCUUUAAUCUGGCCUGAUGUGCUACAGAAAUGCCUACGACUCCAGUACCCAGACUGCGGAUGGAAAACCGCAUUCCCAGACAUUUGGUUUUGCACAUUUCUGCUCAGUCUGAACUUUAGGAAUCCAACACUGAUUGGACAGAGGAGGUCACAUGACACCAGAGAGGAGAAAGGGUUGGAUGUUUAGACUUUAACCUUCAUCUUGGCUUUGGUUUUUCAGCUUUUUUCCAUGCCAUCACAGUGUUUGACACCCAUAACAAGCUGAUUCACGUUUGAUAUUGAUGCUCUUGUAGAUACGCUUUUAUUCAUGUUUGGAUAUGAAGAAGCAAAACUACUAGUACAAAGUACGUGUACAGCAGCAGUAACGCCUGUAAAAUACCUGACAUGCGGCAGCCUGAUACGAAAGCGCACUUAUGCUCAGACUUUAUACGCAGUGAGAUGUUGGUCAUGUUCCCUGGUGGACGAAUGUAUCACAAACGCCGACGACGAGGCCGCCACAGUGAAUCACGAAACGUAUUUUCCAGACGUUAACGUUGUUGUGUCCACUUCAUGCACAUUCAGUGUUUGAGCGCGGACGAUGUAAACUAACAGCUCUUUAUGUUUGACAGAAUUUCCGUUGUGACAGUUUAAUAAGGAGCCGUGUGAGGUGUUUGCUUUAGAUCUGGAGUGGAUUUUCUCAGCUGUGAGCCUUAAAACGAUCCACAGACAAAAAAAGUACAGCCACCAAAAUAAAAUUGAGUUAACUUUUGGGGAUAAAA